AUGUCCGUCUUUGCCCGGAUGGAGAAGCAAUUCAUCAAGUCGUUGGCCGGUACAUCAAGAGCGCUGGAGAUCACCCAUUGUGUCAAUCGCUUGUUCAGGAUGAGUAGAGUAGGGUCAAUGUUGUUGGUUUUCCAUGGGGAGAAGAGACAUACUGUUAGGAUAGCAGCAAAUCACUACACUUACACCGUCAUCACCACACUGGGUCGUACAGUCUUGCUACACCUCCCUGGGCCCAGUUGUACGCUGAGGAUGACCCCAGGCGAUGCAGUAGGUCUGCUCACCGAACAGCAGCUGCACAAGUGGGGAGCUGAAUGA